AUGGCAGGCAAGAAUGAUGAUCUGAGGACACCACAGAAAAGAUGUGCUACCAUCUUGGGCUACCCAAUAAGCAUUUUUUUCAUUGUGGUCAAUGAGUUCUGUGAGCGUUUCUCCUACUAUGGCAUGCGAGCUGUGCUGGUGCUGUAUUUUAAGUACUUUCUGGGUUGGGAUGAUAACUUUGCCACCACCAUUUACCAUACCUUCGUGGCUCUCUGCUACCUGACACCCAUCCUCGGAGCCAUCAUAGCUGAUUCGUGGCUUGGCAAGUUCAAGACUAUUGUUUAUCUGUCAAUUGUUUAUGCAGUGGGACAGAUCAUCCUGUCUGUAAGUGCUGUCAAUGACAUCACAGAUAAGGACAUAGAUGGCACCCCUGACAACAUGGCUUUACACAUAGCUCUGUCCAUGGUGGGUUUGCUCCUUAUUGCUCUGGGAACAGGUGGAAUUAAACCCUGUGUGGCUGCUUUUGGUGGAGAUCAGUUUCAAGAACAUCAGGAGAAGCAGAGAAGCACCUUCUUCUCCAUCUUCUACCUGUCCAUCAAUGCUGGCAGUCUGCUGUCCACUCUCAUCACUCCCAUCCUCCGAGGUCAGAAGUGUGGUAUCUACUCUGAGCAGCAGUGCUACCCACUGGCCUUUGGUGUGCCUGCUGUUCUAAUGGUAGUCGCUCUGGUUGUGUUCAUUAUUGGAAGUAGGAUGUACAAUAAGACUGCCCCUCAAGGCAACAUCUUGGUGAAAGUCUGCAAAUGCAUUGGGUUUGCUCUCAAGAACCGCUUUAGGCAUCGUUCUUCUCAGUACUCUAAGAGAGCCCAUUGGAUGGACUGGGCUGAGGAGAAGUAUGAUAAACUCCUGAUUGCCCAGGUGAAGAUGGUGCUCAAGGUGCUGUUCCUCUACAUCCCUCUGCCCAUGUUCUGGGCUCUUUUUGACCAGCAGGGCUCAAGAUGGACCAUCCAAGCAACAACCAUGAACGGUGAUUUUGGAUUUUUCGUACUGCAGCCUGAUCAGAUGCAGAUUGUCAACCCUAUCCUGAUACUGGUUUUGGUGCCAAUCAUGGACAGUGUGGUCUACCCACUCAUUUCCAAGUGCAAUUUAAACUUCACACCAUUACGGAGGAUGACAGUAGGGAUGUUCCUCGCUGCUCUCGCAUUUGUGGCUGCUGCUCUGGUCCAGAUAGAGAUUGAUAAAACCCUGCCUACAUUCCCAUCUGGCACAGUGUCCCAAGCAAAGUUCAUCAACAUGCUAAACAAACAGCUGGACAUCAAGGCUGGACCCAAAGAGUUUACCUUGCAGCCUUUCACGGCCAGUGACGAUUACUUGACAUCUGACACACCGUUAAACCUGACUCUGGGUCCUGAUGCUGCUUACAAACUCAAUUUACCAAUGGGCAAUCGGAGUACCGUGGUCAUUACUCGGGAUGGACCACAAAAACCCUGCCCUACAAUUUUCAGUGACCUCAAAUCAAAGCCGGAUCAGGGAGCUAAUGCUAUCAGAUUUUUGAAUGGCUUUGCCUCAGAUCUGAAUGUAACAGUUGGGGAGAAAGACUUUGGGGCCAUUUACACCAACAAUGUGUCAAGAUAUGAAUUGGUGCCACAGGGAGAUGCUAAGUUCCACAUCAAGAACAAUGGACAAAAGUGUAUCUACAGCCAAAAACUGGGCUUCGGCAGCUCCUUCACCUUGAUCAUUCAACCAAAUUUCACAACUGAAACAAAUUGUGGAAAGAGCAUCCGGCCAGUGAUGGAUAUUGAGCCUAACACUGUACACAUGGCCUGGCUGAUUCCCCAGUAUUUCCUCAUCACUGCAGGAGAGGUGGUCUUCUCUGUCACUGGCUUGGAAUUCUCCUACUCACAGGCGCCCAGCAAUAUGAAGUCUGUGCUGCAGGCUGGUUGGCUGUUAACCGUUGCUGUGGGAAACAUCAUUGUGCUCAUUGUUGCAGAGGCUGCAAAACUCCCAGAUCAGUGGGCUGAGUACAUCCUCUUCGCCUCUCUGCUGGUAUUAGUGUGCAUCAUCUUUGCCAUAAUGGCCUAUUUUUACACCUACACUGACCCAGCCAAGAUAGAAUCCCAGUUUGACCAGAUGGAACCUGAAGAGAAGAAGAAGGAGAAGAGUGUGGAGAUGGAAAGAAGGAGCUCUGACUCCAGCUCUGAUGAGGAGGUCAACAAACAGUCCAGGAUUUAA